AAGACGAGGAGGCCCUUUUUAGAGUGAUUGCGGAGGGUAAUUGGGUGUGUAGUUUAUAUAUUUGUCAAUUGAUGCUCUGCUCACUUCAAGAAAUAGCAGUCUAAGAUCAAGUAAGGUGGCUGUCCUGCCUGCACCUCUGUGUCGCUUCUAUCACCAGAGCCCCUUUUGACGUUGCAUGCUCAUUUUCCUCCUCCAUGCAUGUUGAUAGACUAUAUAAUACAUUCAUGUACUUCAUUUAUCUUUUACAUCUUGAUCACAAACUUUAUUGUGUUAAUGGCUCAUGUCAACCCCAGCCACAUCGACAGACAAAACGUUAUUCUAUCGAAGCACAAAUAAUUGUUAGGCGGAGUCUGUUUCUUUCUACUCUUCUGUUUUCUCUUUUCAUACUCAGCACUAACGCAUGGCGAAACCAUCCACAAUAUUUUCAGCAUGCAUCGGAGCAUGAACACCAAUUAAUCCUGUGGCGCAUACAUCCAUCAUGCAUGAUCGGAGCAGCCAUUGGAAAAUGUAAAGUAGAAAUAUACUUUACUGUUGCAUGGGCGCUGCUCAUUCUUACAUUCUUACUUCCUACUCUCGCUCUCUCAUUUGUCCUUCUAUUUCCCAAGCCUUAUCGGAAUAUGUAUGCUCAACUUCAGCCCUUGCUGUGUUUAAUCGCUCGAAAAACCAGUCUGGAUCAUUUCAUCACUCACAGUUGCUGUUGUACCCCCGCCUUCUCGUGGUAUACAUUAACAGAUCCAUCUCUCUUUCCUUCUAUUCAUUCCUAAUCUGCAGUGUAAUGUUGUACACGGAAUAUUGCAAAACA